AUGAAGUCCCCUGGCCAUACGCACUUCUCCGCAGCCAUUCUUUUUGAAACUGGGUACUACACAUGGCAGCCGGUGCCCCUCCAGCUUGAUGCCAGUGGGCAGACACAGCUUGUCAAGAAGCCCAGGACCACUCUACAGACCUACAUCCCCGGUUGUGAGCCUGUCUGGCAAGAUACAGACGAGGUUUCCCUUCAACAGUUCUUCACAGAGCUCCAGACCUACCUCCAGCACAGCCUGCAAAAUCAGUUGACCCGGGGCAGUCAGGCCCUCCUCAUUGUACAAGAGUGCCAGGAAGCACAGAAUGCCCUUAUGAGAGAGGCACUUGAGUACAUGAAGAUGGAAGUGAACUCUGUCCAGGAAGAACUCCGGAGUCCCUUCGCGGCAUUUCCGGUCCGAUCCACUAGGAGAGUUAUCCCUAUUGUACAGCCAGCGGUGGGAGCCUCUUCCUUACCACCCAACCACCCUAGUGGAGUACACCCACUCCUUGAAGGAGUCCAUCGAUCAUUUGUUUACGAGGGAGAACUCUACUCAGGUGGAGGCUCAGGACCUCCUAGUCCAUCAGCCAGAAACCCACAAAAGGUCGCCAUGUUUGGAGCCGCUCAUGCAGCAGCAACCUCACCAUUGGCCAGUAACCUGGCACCAGUAGCACCUGUGGUCCCUCCUGCUGCACCCGCCGCUCCCUCUCCAGCUAAUGCACAGGGUGGAAGCGGUGGAAUUCAGAACCCUCCACCUCCCACGGCCCGCGCUCCCGCUCCAGGGUAUCCAGGCAGUUCUGACAGUUCAGACUCGGAACCAGAAGAUGGUGAUAGAAGAGGCUGGCAGAGAUACCUCAAGAAGAAGUUGGAGAAGCAACAGAAGGAUCUGUUGGCUAAGAUGUUCCAACAGUACCGACCUCCGGCUACCUCUCCCCCUUCUGGACCUAGCAGGGCCCGAGAACCAAAAGCACCACCUCCCUCCAAGUUCCAAGGCAAAGCGGAGCAAGUGGAGACCUUUAUCCGGCAAUGUGAGAAUGUGUUCUCCAUUGAGAGCCUAUCCUUUACCUCUGAGGAGGUUAAGAUUCGUUAUGCAGGCAACUUGAUGGAAGGAGAAGCAGCGAUCCGAUGGUAUGAGGCAUACCACAAUUCAAUUGAUCAAACCUCCGCCAAUCGCCUUGCUGGGAUGCCGGUGAAGUUAAAUGAGAGAUGGAAGCACUGGGAUUCCUUUGUGUAUGCUUUUAGAGCAGCCUUCGGUGAAGCCAUCUAUAGAGAUGAUGCUGUAGCCCAAUGGAAUGCCCUUACCCACACUGCUCGAGGAGGAAUAGACCUCUUCUUGAAUACUAUUAUUCAGCUAAUGUGGAAGACUGGCUAUGAGGGUCAGUUGGUGGAUGAUAAGAUCCACAAUUCCCUCCUUGCAGACCUAGGCAUGAGUUGGGCUCUCUUUACCCCCAAGCCAAAGUCUUUGAUGGAACGGAUAGCUGCUCUAAGAGAGUUAGGGCAUACACAUGAGAGGUAUCAAGGGCUGGCAGCCGAAAAAGCGCCCCCUCGGACCAAAAAGGAUCCUCCAGCUGAGAAAGACUGGCAGCCCAAGAGGAAGAGAGAAGCUGCAAGGUCCUCCGGACCUCAGAAGGCCUCCAGACUUAAAGACAAAGAGGUGGAACUGAAGAGUAUCCCGCGGGAUAUUCUAGAAGAAAGAAGGAAAGCAGAAUGCGGCAAUUCCAGACACAGAUGGACGGAUUGUUGGUCCAAGGAACCUACUGUUGUCAGAGUGGCAGCAGUGAGAGUACAAAAGCGGAAAAGAGGGAAUGGCAAGUCCAACUCUAAGAAGAAAGCUAAAGUGGCUGCUGUUGUAGCAGAAGAUCCACUUGUUGUACUCCCGGAGGUUACAGAAGAUUUUGUCUUUCAGCCUGAGCAAGACUCAGACAAUGAAAUCCUCUGGUGA